GUCCGGUUCCCAGAAGGCGCUGGCCGGCCGGAUGUGGCGGUUGCUGAGGCUCUCCCCAGCCGGCCGGAUGUGGCGGUUGCUGAGGCGCUCCCCAGCCGGCCGGAUGUGGCGGUUGCUGUGGCGUUGGCCAGCCGUUGCCAUGUCGUCUGGCGGUGAGGCCCUGCUGCUGUCGAUGGAUUUUGAAGUGUUUGGGAAGGUGCAGGGAGUUUUCUUUCGGAAGCACACGCAGAAAGAGGCCAAGAGGCUGGGCCUGGCCGGCUGGGUGGAGAACACGGCGGAGGGGACGGUGCGGGGCCAGCUGCAGGGAGCCGAGGAGCAGGUCCGGGCGAUGCAGACCUGGCUCCGCCACACCGGCAGCCCCAAGUCCCAGAUAGACAAAGCCGAGUUCAACAACCAGAAGAAAAUCCAGCACCGCGAAUACUCGGACUUCCAGAUCAUCAAGUAACCGGCGACGGCUGAUCAGACACCCUGCGGCCGGGGUGGGCGGCGGCUCCGGUUUCUCCUCCCAGUCCCGACUAGGUGUUUGGCUUCGGAGGGGAAGUGAGCGUUUUACCGGUUCCCCGUCCCGCUCUGGCUGCUGCUGCUUCGGUUGGGCUCUGCCCGACCUGAUUCCACCCGGGACAUUUAUAAUGGAAACAGAAACCGCCAUCCCCUUCCAGUUUCCUCGUGCAUUCAGUUUCUCUCCAAAGUUUGUUGAUAACAUUUCACACGGAUGUUCAAGAUCUAAUGUUGAGAUUGUUGGUGCUCUGUGUUACCUUGUUAUAUUUCAAGCAGGUCCCAAUUUGUUCAGUGCUUUUGUUUUACCGUUGUUCUUGCGUUUUUGGGUUAGCGGAGUCGAUGCCCAAUUAGCUGUUCCGGCUCCUGCCACCAUGGACAGAUCCUUCAGGGAGUCUACAAGCUAGUGGACCUCCUAACUUUAUUACAAUGAAGCGAGCUUCAUUCAAACGGACUCGGACGUGUCCGUAACCUCACGGUUUCUUAUUUAUUGCAAGAUUUGUGUUGUUUGUUUGACUUGUCACAUUGAAAGAGUACUACUGUAGAUAAAAUAGCGAGUUUUUUUUAUUCCAAAUGGAAACCACGCUUCAGUUUUUUUCAUUAUUUUUACGUUAUUUCAACUCGAAUGUAAAUGCUAAUAUGAAAUAGCACUUAUAUAAAAUUGUUCAAAGUUGGAGUGCCAACUUCCUUCAGUUGUAAACCCUCACCUCUUAAGUAUAUUGCUAAGCUGAUAACUUGGCACCACAAUGUAUUUCGUGCAGGAAUGCGUGUUAAUAACCAAUGUGUUAGUACAAUAAAUCUAAAUAUUGCAUAAUUGGAAGUGCCGCCCUCGGAGUGCGAUUUUAAACUCUCGCUCUUUCUCUCGGUUCCUGCACUUCAGGAGGAUGUCAAAACAUCUCAUUAGCACUAACUCAGUGAGGACUACGAAGGAGUUCUGGUGCCAAGUGAUACAUUCAUCCUCCAUGAACUGAUUUAUUCAUCCACUUUCUGUUAGUGACAAAGUGCCCUGUGCAGAAUAGUUGUCAUAUUUACUCACAUGGUAGCAACCACUUCAAAAUAAUUCAUUGUAUGUGAAGUGGCUUCCUUUGAGAUAUUUAAGUCAUGCUCCAAAUCAAAUAUUCCUUUGGGUCUGUUGCAAUUAAAAUGUGACUAUUUUGCAAAAUUUUAUGUUAAACCGUGUAACAAAAUUGAUUUAGCAACGUUAACAUUUUUUAAAUGAAAUGCUGCAUUAAACAUUCUGAACCAUA